GAGCUGUUGAGGGGGUCAUGGGAGUUUGACCUGCAAGUCUACAUGUGUUUUUGUGGAUCUGGAGAAGGCCUACGCCCCCCAAGGGGCUCUGUGGGAGGCACUGCGGGAGUAUGGGGCACCGGUACUGGAGCGGUUUGCGGCUGAGUGUGAAGCGGCGGGGAUGCGGAUCAGUACCUCCAAGUCCGAAGCCAUGGUUCUCUGCCGGAAACUGGUGGAUCGCUCCCUCUCGGUUGGGGGGGAGUUGCUUCCCCAAGUGAAGGAGUUCAAGUAUCUCGGGAUCUUGUUCACGAGUGUUGGGAAAAUGGAGUGUGAGAUGGACAGGCAGAUUGGUGCAGCGUCAGCAGUAAUGUGGGCGUUGUAUCGAAUUGUCGUGGUGAAGAGGGAGCUGAGCCGUAAGGCGAAGCUCUCAAUUUACCAGUCCAUCUACGCCCCAACCCUCACCUAUGGUCAUGAGCUCUGGGUAGUGACCGAAAGAACGAGAUCUCGGAUACAAGCGGCUGAAAUGAGCUUCCUCCGUAGGGUGGCUGGGCUCAACCUUAGUGAUAGGGUGAGAAGCUCAGACAUCUGGAGGGAGCUCGGAGUAGAGUUGCUGGUCCUUCGCAUCGAAAGGAGCCAGUUGAGGUGGUUUGGCCAUCUGAUUCGGAUGCCUCCAGGGAGACUUCCUCUGGAGGUUUUCCGAACACGUCCGCCUGGGAGGAGACCCCAGGGCAGACCCAGAACACGCUGGAGGGAUUACAUAUCUCGUCUGGCCUGGGAACGCCUCGGCAUCCCCCAGGAAGAGCUGGAAAGCAUCAGGAUAGUAAAAUUAAAAAUAAAAAAAAACCAAUGUCUACACUGGAUUUCUGAUUCAUUUAAUGCUAUCUUCAGUGGAAAAAAUGCUUUUCUUUCAAAAAUAUGGACAUUUCUAAGUGACCCUAAACUUUUGAACGAUAGUGAAUGUGUACUUCAUAGCCAGCUGUAACACUGUUCCAAACAGCUUGUAUAGGGGGACAUGCAGGAAGACAGGGGUCAGGUAAUGUCCUCACACUUAGUGGUUCCUAGUGAUAGAAAUGCAGUGCCCUCACUCUGAUUCACUCCUGCAGCCUCUGGAUCACUUCUUCCAUUGCAGGCUGUGUUGCCUUGAUUCAUAAAAUCCAGCUCUCAUUCCUCCAUAUCCUGCUCCAGUGAGCAAGGUGCAAACAUAUCAAUAUUACCACGGAGGGAAAUAUUGGGCUCUUAUCCACGGUGGCACCAGCCAGCACCAGCUCGCAUUUUAUAUUAACUGCCUGCAGCUCCAACAUGACUAAUGCUGAAAAACUACAGGCUGGAUGUGAAAGUGCUGAUGGCAGCUGAUUUAAUUCAGAAAUAUUUACAGUAUAGUACAGCUCUCAGUGGAAGCAGCAGGAUCGAUCGGUGCCUCCAAUCAUUCUCUCACUAACCACCCCCUUUCAUCAGACUGAUGUGACCUAUUGGAGCCCACAGGAGGAUAUAAAUGUGGGAGAGAACCACCCCCAGACAUCACCCUGAACCUGGAGCAGUCUCUGCAGGACGCCAGGCUCUCAGCACUCUGACACCAUGAAGACUCUGAGGACCAUCACACUAACUUAUGUUCUCACCCUGCUACUGUUGGCAACGUUCAUCUCACAGUCAUGGAGCGCACCAAAGGGCUCCUAUCAGCGGAGAAACUGGACCCCGCAGGCCAUGCUGUACCUGAAGGGCACACAGGGACGCAGGUUCAUCUCAGAGGACCGAAAGGAGGGAGAUGUCUAUGACACACUGCAUUUAGAGACCCGCAGUCAGAACACAGAGAAGCUGAGUGUGGAUCAGGCUGCUACCGUCCUGCUGAACUUCCUGCAGCAGGCCAGAGAGGGAGCCGAUGAGAAUCCAGACGAGGUGUAUUUCCAGGAGCUGCCAGUGUGGAAGAGAGAAUACUUCUGAUAGUGUUUGUAAAGCCGUCACACAGCAUCGUCUUUGAUUUAAAGUGUUCUGUUCUGCGCGAAGGAGGGGAACAGCUGUUUUAUAAAUAUUACUUCUCUGACAAAGUUUGAAAUGUGCCGUUUUAAUAAAAAGAUUUGAAUUCAUAGCA